AUGAGUCGCGACGAGAACAAUCCCUCUCCUGGCGAUGCUUCGCACAAAAUAUCAUCGAAUCCUCUUGUUCUUCAUGGUCGACACUUUGGUCGGACGGUGUUUGCCCUAUGUAACUAUCCUUCUCUUUUGACUGCCGGUAUACUCCGACUAGAAGAACUGCAAGACUCCCCCAUAGAAGAUUAUCCAGCGGAUGUUCGGCAGGAACACAGGGUGUUCAUGGAACUAAUAAAUUCGUAUCCUGGUCUGAUAGAUCGUUUGACGAAUAGCGGAGAGGAGGAUAUUAUUCACAUGGGAGAAUUGCUUGGUAAGGGAGCCUCUGGUGCACGAGGCGACGACACAAAAACCCUUAAAUCCACUGUCCUCAAAUGGCUUGUCCCCAGAGGACAAGCAGUCAUACCACCCCUCUCCCGCAAUAUCAAAUCCGAUCGUGGGUUUAACCACGAAGUCACUGGUGCUUUACUCUGCCCUGCAGGUCUUGACUGGUCAAAUGCGGAAACUAAGCAGAAUCUCAAGAGCGGCGAAAUUGCCGUUCGUGGUGACCAGUGGCCGAUUUUUUUAUAUGCUAGGUCUGAAUAUGAUGUCGAAAAUCCAUGGAAGGGUUUGUUGAGGAGCAAAAUUCUCGUUUUCGGUUUCAAACACGUCUUCACGUCUCUGAGCUCGGUCUAUAAAGAGCCAAAGGCUACACGAUCCGGUAAUGCUUACCUUCACGGUAUGAAAUCUGUUACCAAAGGUUCCCUAGCUUAUAUUGCUACGCAGGUCCGGUUUGCGUUGAGUUCGUUGUCAGUAUUUUCACGCACCGACACGGUCACAGACUCGGAAAUUUUUUACCAUAGCAUCCUUGAUUUGUUGGACGAUCCUGAUGAAGAUGAGGAAGUGACUGACCUGUUGACGUGGUGGACGCGUCGUGUAUUUCCUAACUCUUGUUCGCAGCGCACUAUCAGCAAAAAUAGUGCAUUGUCGAAGAUUCGGGCAAGACGCGCUGCCUUGCAAGAACGAGCUGCUACUUCCGAUUGA